CCCACGCCUCAUCGUCUCCAUCUUCCCCAUCCCAAUCCGUCGUGGCCAGAUCGCCGAACAAGAACGACCCCCAUUUAAUACUCUCUGCUCUGCGGGACCCACCAUUCUUCCCCUCCGAGAUGGACGGGCCCCACCUCGCCGCCGCGUCCUCGUCUUCGGCCUCCUCGUCCGGCUCCCGCCCGCGCAAGGGGGUCCGGCUCCGCCUGCUUCGGCGCCGGCGACCGGGUCCGGCGCCUUCCCUGGCUUCGCGGGGCGGCGACGGCGACGGCGGAGGCAAUGGAGGCACACAGGACGACCUCGCGCUGCCCCUGGGGAUGUCGUUCGCGGCCGUCAUCGCGCGGGUUAUGAAUACAAACGAUGGUUCAGGACAAACAUUACAUCCAGUCAUCCUUUCCGAGAUCUGUACCUCAGCAGUGAAAGAAUCUUUGACAAAUACCUAUGGUGACAGGUUUGACAGUUUCAUAAGAAAUUUUGAGAAUUCAUUUAGCAGCACAUUGAGGACGCUUCAUCGUAUUAAUGAGAUACCUGUCCACGAGAGAACUCCUAUCACCGAAUGUUCAUUUAAGCAUGAAUGCUCUGCAGCUGUAGGCAACUUGAGCACUCCUCAUUCAAGAAACCAUAUAAAUGAAGUCAAUCAGGACAUUACAAAUUCAGUACAAAGGCAGCUUGUUGUUUGCACCAGAGACAACCAGCAGCUGGCUGAUCUUGCUUCUAGCAGCUCCUCUCGUGAAGCUGAUCAGUGCAUUCUUAAUACAUUUGAGAGAUCGGUGAAGGAGCAAGCUCGCUCGAACGAGCUCAAGGAGUACGAGAUUGGACUUAACAUGAGAAAGCUGCAACUGAAACAAUCUCAAUUAGCUCUCAGCUCCUACACACACAUGUUAGAGAAGAUUAAAUUAUCUUUCGGAUUUCAGAAAGCUUCCUUCCAAGGGGAGAAAUUCAAGACUCAGAUGCAGGACACAAGGGAUGCACAGAUCCUCAGGACACUUAUCGAUUUUCUUGUUAGUGCAGUGGUAAUUAUGUCAGCAUGUUUUGCUUAUGGGACUUACACCUAUUCAUAUCAACGGAUAACUGAUGUUACAGCAGCUUGUUCGGUCGCGUCAAGAGGAUCUAAAUCGUGGUGGGUGCCAAGUUCAGUGUCAAACUUCAAAUCUGGGUGGCUGUUUAUCAGAUGUCAUCUAAUAGCAGCAACACGUAUGUGCUUUGGCAUAGUAAUGAUUGUGGCAAUAGCUUGGUUAGCAUUCCAGCGUUCUGCAGUGACUGGAUCAAGUAUGCCUAUAACUUUCAAUUUCAUUUUAUUGGGAGUUAUUUGUGGCUUUGCCGGAAGGUUUUGCACCAACACUCUAGGUGGCGACGGGAACACCUGGGUCAUAUGCUGGGAGGUCCUUUGUUUCAUCCAUUUACUCGGAAAUUGUUAUCCGUCUGUUUUGUAUCGCAUUCUUCAUGGUCCUAUUUCAAUAACAGGCAGCAAGGAGGUUGUUUUGUUCCCAUACUGGGUUCGCCGGUGCAUAUUUUAUGCUGUGCUGCUGCUUAUUAUUCCAUCCUUCACUGGCUUACUUCCAUUUGCUUCUCUCUCCGACUGGAAGGACCAUUUUUCUCAAGAGAUAAGUCUUUUGUCGCUAAGGAACUUGAAGAAUGAAAUAUCCUAGAUGCAAUGAGUGGCACAAUGCUGUUCUAUUUGUGCCAGCCACGUGUUCCACUAAAUCUUUUGGAGUUUGGGGAAAAUAAGAUAUGCUGAAUCGGAAAUUGCAUUGGAAGUUUACCCUGGUGGUACACGAAGGAAAGAAAAUGUUGGACGGGAGUUGAUGGCAUUGUUGAAUCACAAGGGAAGAAUAGUUGAACUUCUCCAGUGGUAACUGGCGUCUCUAUCUUACUCUGCUGGUUCCAUCCUUCACACUUCCACGUGAAAGCUUCAAAUGGAGUUACAUUCUUGGUUGCUGUGAACUUGCAGUCAGACAUCAGGUAUCAAUUGCUGUGUUUUGCCGUGUGUAUUUUGUUUGAAGAUGCAAGGUCAUAAUAGUCUUAAGAGUGCAGACCGAUUAACCGGCACCUUGGUUGUAGCUCUGCUCUUGUAAUCUUAUUUCCUAGAAUGAGGCUUUUCUUGCCUCAUGUGUUGUGUAAAUUCUCUGUUAACUGUAAUUAUCAAGAGAUGUAGUUUGUCUUCUGUUCAAUGCUUUGCUCCUAAAAACUUAACUUGCUUUUGUUCAGUUUUA